AUGGCCCUGCUGCCAAUGGGAGUGUUCCUAUGGCUGAUGCUGCUGCCGCCACUGGGUCACACUGCUCCCAAGGAUGGAGCCACUAGGCCAGACCCAGAAGUACAGCCCUUGCCCAACCCCUUCCAUCCUGACCAGGAGCAGCUACGACUGCUGCGGAGCUACCUGAGGGGACUGGAGAGGAUGGAGGAGGAGCCGGAGCACAUGAGCCGGGAGCAGGUUCUCCUCUACCUCUUUGCCCUUCACGACUACGACCAGAGUGGCCAGCUGGAUGGCCUGGAGCUCUUGUCCAUGCUGACGGCGGCUCUGGCCCCUCAAGCUGCUGACUCACCCAACACCAACCCGGUGAUCCUCGUUGUGGACAAGGUGCUCGAGACCCAGGACCUGGAUGGAGAUGGGCUCAUGACCCCCGCAGAGCUCAUCAACUUCCCACGGGAGGCCCCCAGCUACACGGAGCCCAGCGAGCCCCUGGCUCCAGCUCCCCAGGAACCACUGCUAGCUAAGGGCCCCUCGAGACAAGAAACACAGGGAGCUGUAGGUCCCCAAGAAGCAGCCGCAGGCCAAGCAGAAGGCGAAAGGGAGCCUUUGGAGCCAGUGCUGGAGGCCAGGGUUGUGGCAAGGUCUGAAGGAGAGGCCCCGAGUCCUCCCGCAGGGGAAGCCAGAGACCAGGUGGAGGCCAGGAACGAUGGAGAGGACGCCAAAGAGGCCCCCAGGGAGACCCUGGCAGCUACAGGCACCCCAAAUGUGCUUGAAGCACACAGCAUUCAAUUGGAGAAUGAUGAGAUGUAACUUUGGUAACUCUGCUGGCACCCCAUGGUGUUUCAGCACCCGAACACAAGCCCUGAGAGGGAGCUGUGUGUGUUGGGACGAGGAUCCGAUCUGUGUCCUCUCUUGGGGCCCCCAGUUGACAGCAGGUCUUCCUGUGUGGCUCAGGGGGAGCGUUAGUUAGGGGACAGGUAUAGGGCCCAGGCAAUCUAUUAUA